UUACACACGUAUCAAUCUGUUGCCCAAAACACACAACCGUGUGCGUGGGUCGAGUCUAAACGCCGAAUGAACGGUACUCUGCCGGAAAUGGAGGAAUUAUCAUCAGCGUAUUAAUAUGAAGAAUACCGCUUCCAACUAAAGGGAUUUUUAACGAGCCGCACCGCGGAGGUGCUGUGGUACAUUUAAAAGCGGACUUUUAGAAAAUUCGUCCAUUUUGCCGGUACUAAGUGGGAGUGUGUGAAAGUAUAGACAAGAGUAUAAUACAACAAAGAAUGAAGAACUUUUAUCACAUUUUAGGCUUUGGACUUAUUCUCCUUGUGCAUUCAGGUUCAUUAUCACCAACAAACGAUGACGAAGAGGCAGAAAACGAUGACGGCGAAGUACCACGUGUGAAACGAGGCGCAUGGAGCAUGCUCAGACUGGGCAGGGGCCUGCAGAUGCUGCGAUUGGGCAAGAGACAGCUUCCCAUGAUGCGUCUGGGUCGACAGACGCUGACGGACGCUGAACUGCACAGCUACUUCGCCUCCUUGCUGGACGGGAAGAAAUUGGGCGAGCGACAGGUGCCCAUGCCGCGAUACGGACGAGACAUGGACUGGCAGAGCGGCUACAAGAAAGAUGAGGAUGAGGAUGAGGAUGACCAGCUGGUGAAGCGGCUCGACCUGGACGUCCAGCUCAAUAACGACGGCUACCCGCACAUACGGCCAUCCCCGCGCGGCGGAAAGGUCCGCUUCAGGCGCUCACUCAAGUCGAGACUGACAAAACUUUCACAGGAAGCAGCCAAACUGGCCCGACUCUCAGACAGUUAUAGUUUUUCAGACGGCCAGAAGGAGCGAGCAGUCGCCCUUCCCAGAAUUGGACGUCUGUCCAAGGAAAGAGCUGUACCAGCUCCAAGGAUUGGUUAACGUAUCAUAGGUAGAAUGCAAUGUAAAGAUUAUUUCGGACUCCUCCCUUUUUAAAAUAAUUAUACUUGGAAAAAAAAAAAAAAUUGUUGUAAUAUAACCACUGGAAAUAUCAAGGUGGUUGCUGUGAUUUGUCAUAUGUCAUGCAUCAAGAUUUCUAAUUGGAUUCAUUCCAUUUGUUUUUCUCAAAUGAUGAGAUGUUAAGCACUGUGACCAAAACAAACAAACGAACAAAAAACUAUAGAUAUUUUAACGAUCCUUGGUGCCAAAAACAGUCUCAAAAUUCUAUGGUAUGGGAAAUCGGCUUCAGUGCGUCCAGCAUAUCGUGAAGAUAACAAAAGAACUCAAUGUCAUGGUUAGAUAAAUAAAAAAUAAAAUGUUAUCAUUUUGAUAACUUGA